AACCAGGUGGAGUGGCCUCGCCCUUUCUGGAGUGUCUCACGUGUCGGAGUUUAAAGAGGCCGAAACACGUGUGACAUGGUGAAAGAUUGGGAACUCCCCUGAUGACCAGUAACAAAGAGCCUAGCACUGCACCUGCAUGUUGCUGGACUUGUGGAUUAGGUUUACAUGUAAGCACCUGGCUGGUUGCAUCCGGUGACGCCGACAAAAGCCGCCCACCCUCUCUCGUUAGCUUUAGUCCUGCCUACACUUUACCUCUCUUCCUUCUUUCCCCAAUAACAAACACACAAACACACACACACAUUCACCUCUGGGUAUUACUAUUGUAGCUACUACACAAAAAAAGCAACCACCCACUUCUCUCUGACUGGUGCUUAUACAAACAAAGCAAGCCUAUCUACUGACAUUGAACUACAACAUAUGACACAGGAUGCCUCCAACUGAUGUCAUUCAUAGUGGUGUUCUGUCUGAUGACACUGAAGCUGGUAAAGGCUGACAUUGAUGUUGUAAGGGUUGCUGCUGCCGCAUAUGAAGCUCUAGGCCCUGAUUUGCAUAAAAUAGAGGAAGAUAUAGGUCGUAUGAAGAGUGAGAUAUUUGCAGAAAUGGACAAGCACAUUGCACAGAGUGUCAAGGCUGCAGUUGGAACAACUCUUCAAGAUCUAGCACCGACCCUGCUUUCACGGAUACUUCCGCUGGCUAUAAUCCUUGUUUUCCUGCCUCCUCCUGCAAGGAGAUCCUCCAGUUGGCCCCAAAGUCUCCCUCAGGUCUUUACUGGAUAAGGGGAACUAAUAAUAGCUCCCAACAUAUGUAUUGUGAUAUGGACAGGAGCUGCAAAAAUGUAACUGGAGGAUGGAUGAGGGUAGCCUAUAUCGACAUGCAUAACACUAACAGUACUUGCCCUUCUGGUCUAAGGACCCUCCUCAUCAGUUCUCUCAGACUGUGCGCUAUGAACAUUGAUGGUGCCGGAUGUUCCUCGACUUUUUUCCCAGUAAACGGAAUAGAGUAUUCUCAAGUAUGCGGCAAGAUCAUUGGAUACCAGCAAAAAACUCCGGAUGCUUUUGCCAGUGGCCACAACACAACUGACACUAAUUAUGUUGACGGUAUAAGCGUAACGCAUGGAGAGUCCCCAAGAAAACACAUAUGGACAUUUGCUGCAGCUGUCCAUGAGCAUAAUUCAAUUCCAACUGAUGUGUGUCCAUGUACUAACACACGUAACACUCCACCACCCCCUUCAGUUCCUCCUUUUGUGGCAAACGAUUACUUCUGUGACACUGGGAAUCCAAACCGUUUCGAGUUUACCUUUUUUAGAGAUGAUCCUCUCUGGGAUGGUGCUGGAUGUGGAGAGUACAACACCUGCUGUGACUGGAACUCACCACCAUGGUUCAGGAAAGAGAUAUCUCCCCCAACACGUGAUGACAUCGAGAUAAGGCUGUGUGCUGACCAAGCUCGAAAUGAUGAAGAUAUCAACUUUGAAAUAUUGGAAUUAUAUGUACAGUAAAGUAUCACGAGACAAUGUCAGUAAUGGCAAGUUUGUGUAUGAAAAAC